CGAUAUAUUUUUGGGUAAAAAUUUCGGGUAAAUGCUCUUUGAGAGGAAACCAAACUGCUUUCUAAAAAAAUUUGGUCAUCUGGGAAAACGCCAGUGCGCAUCGUUUGUCGUUGGCGUUCUCACGAUGGUGACGUUACUCGGAGAAAAGGCGGGAAAAGUAACGCGUUUGGGACCUGCUGCCAAAUGCCAGUUAUGCUACAGCUGUAAUUUUGUAAACAAAGGUUGUGCCAAGGAUGUUGCAUCAAACAUUUUGAAAUUUGUUUUGUUUCCUCCCGACAUCAAAGGCUUGUUAUCGUAGGAAAGAGGUAUGGAAGUAAGGAGUAUUUUGGAAGUCGCUUUUGAAUGGUUCUGUGAGUGUGGGGCCUUUGAACAGCUCAGAAAACAAAGUAAAUGUUACUCUGCAGAUUCCACGGAAAAGACUGUUUACAGAUUUGUGUUUAAAAUGGAUCUUAUGGAUUUGCUUGACUUUAAUGCUACACUAGGAAAUUUGGCUAUAGUGGAGCCUUUGAACGCCAUAAAUGUUUUUCAAGAGGUCUCUUAUAUUGUUAUUCACACUCUGUCAUGGAUACCAGAUUUGUUGCUCUCAUCACAAGUUCUUGUUGUAGUCAGGUUUUCAUCAGUUCCACCAUAUCAAGAGUCUAUAAGCAGUUGGAAUCUGGCUGGUAAUGGUCAGCCUAAUCUCAUGAAGAUAUGUGGUAUCAUAAGUGGAAUUACAGCUGUUACUCAGUACACCCAAAGUGCAAGAUUCUACUGUCCUCAUUCUGAUUGUCUUGGUUCUGCUAAAUAUUGUUACAUCAGAGUUCAUAUGGCUGGAAAAACAGAAAAUGUCACUGUAAGGAGUGAUUUUGUGUGUAGAUACUGUGGAUGCUCUCUACUUGAAGAUGUUACUUGCCGUACUUUAGCAGAUAAAUGCAUUGUUCAAGUCAUAUCACCAUUAACAGUAGACAGGAAACUUUGGAUCAAUACUGGGUGUGGAAAAUUUUACCAAACCAUCCCAAUCUAUGUCCGAGAUGAACUCAUCAGGGAGGUUCAGAUUGGCUGUUACUGUUCAUUUGUUCUUUUACCCUCAUGUGAAAUUCAUAGUUCUUCUUUGGAACUUCAUUGUACUCCAGUGUUUGAGGCAAACAACAUAGAGAAGAUGAGUUCUAGUCCUUUCUUGAAUCUGCUACCCUCCAGUUUGCCAAAUAGAAUAGAAAUGCUUCAUAAAGACAGAGGGAGCUCAGCAUGGAGUUUUGUAAGCAGUCUAUCAUAUUGCUUUGGAGCAUCUGUGACACCACCUGGAACAUUCUUUCAUCUAAAAAUGUUCUUGCUCAUGUCCCUACUGCUUCUUCACUCUUCUGAUUGCCCUGAAGAUACUAAACAAGCAAACUCAAGGCAUCUUCACUUGCUUGUUAUUGCUGAUGACCUUCUUAGGAUUCAAAGGCUAUUUCUUUACAUGGCAUCAUUUGCAAAGAGAAUGCUUGUUUAUUCCCCUCCAAGUGAUUUAUUCCCAUCCUGUUGCCGGGAUCCUUUUGGCUCAGGCACAUUUAUGAUUAAUGCUGGAUGUAUCUCUCUGGCAUCUGAUGGUGUUUGUCUGAUUCCUAAUGCAGCUGUCUUAAAGAAAGAUGAAAAGGAUAAGCUUCAAUGUGCUUUAGAGAAUGGAUGUAUGGCAGUGAAGGUACCCAAAAAUUUUGGGUCUUAUCAAGGUCGCCAGGUCACCAUGCCACUAACCAGCAGUGUUUGGGUGUGUUCUGAACCAUCACAGAAAUCCAGUCAUCAUGCAGUCCCUGAUGAUGAUCCUGUGUUAAACAUGGGUCUCUCAGUAAAGGAAUGUUCAACUUUGCCAAGGGUCUUUGUAGAUCAGUUUUCAUUGGUGUUUAACUUGAGUGGAUCAGCGGAGCAGUUUGAAAACUCUGAUGAGUCAGUGUGCGAAGAAGUGUUAAGGAAAGCCAUAGAUCAUGAAGAGGAUGAAGAUGUCAUGUACAUUAGUGACGAGGAAAUGAGCCAGUUCCUUCACCACGCUGGGCAAAAACACGUUAGCCUGACAGUGGCAGCACAGGAUCUCAUUCAAGGGUAUUAUUUGGCAAGUAGGCGAACCAAAAACUCUCUUUCAACGGUUGGCGCAGACUUUCCUUCUUCUGCGUUACAACAUCUGACCAGUUUGGCCAUUGCUCAUGCCAAGUUAUCACUUCGUUCAGAGGUUUCAGAAGAGGACGUCGUGAUGGCCAUUGUCCUGUACGAGGACUCUAUAAAAUGGAAAUACGGUUAUUCGGGUCUCGGGCCAGUGGACCCUCCUUCUCCCAGCUCGGAUGGCGCUGAAUUUUUUGGUCCAAAGAAUGAUAUCAGGAUGGAGCAAAUUCAAGAAAGAAUUCGGCGAUUUUGCUCUACUUUCAAAGAUGGUCACUAUUCUCCAUUCAAAGUGUUUGUGCACGAGGAGUGAUUUUUUAAGAUUUUAUAUUGCCGAAUAUAACACUCCGCCAGUGCAGAACGAAUGUAAUUUUUAUGGUGGAAUUGACGAAAAAAUUUGAAAAUGAAAAUUAUUUAUGUUUUCGUAAUGUUCGCACAA